CCCAGAUCUGGGCCGACACUCGGAGUUUGGAUUGGGUGACCAUCCUAUUUUAAAACAGAAAUACCAGGUAUCGGACUGCGCGUGCGGGUGCAGCCAAAACACAAACAGGCUGAAAGGGAGUAACAGAAAGGUCCUAGAAAGACACACGGCUUCCUCCCCUUCCUUGAAGACGAUACAUACCAAGACUCAGAGCACCUCACCUCCCGUGUCCUCGGAAGUUUACAGCCUGAGUUCCUCAGAUCUUAAGCUGCAACUGGAUCCCUUGUCUAUGGACCUGAUCUCUCCCAUCCACCUCCCCCUGGCUCUUUGAUAGUGGAUAGCAAGCCCUACGAAGGACAAUAGUCAGUGGGGUUGGAGUGUAACUCCCAGCUGGGUGGUAUCCUAUGGCAAUUAACAGUGACGUGGCAGACUGGGGUACCACAGGGAGCGAGGACUCGGGUGAAAGAGCAUGGCUACUGCAGAGUCCAAGCGUGGAGUCUAUACGGCAAAUGGAGGCAACCCGGGACAGGAGUGGAGGGGUGUCCUCCAUUGGGGCGGUCUUCAUUGUGGUCAACGCGGCACUCGGGGCGGGGCUUCUAAACUUCCCCGCUGCCUUCUACAUGGCGGGAGGAGUGACAGCGGGUGUGGUUCUCCAGAUGUUUAUGCUGACCUUCAUCAUCAGUGGACUGGUAAUCCUGGCGUACUGCUCUCAGGUCAGUAACGAGAGCACCUAUCAGGAGGUUGUGAGAGCCUCGUGUGGGAAGGUCAUGGGGGUCAUCUGUGAGGUCGCCAUCGCUGUUUACACCUUCGGCACCUGCAUUGCUUUCUUCAUCGUCAUCGGAGACCAGCUGGACAGAUUGAUAGCGGCCAUGGCCCAUGAUCCUGAGAGUGUGGUCAGUAAAACCUGGUACACCGACCGCAAGUUCACCAUCGUGGUCACUGGCGUUCUAGUGAUCCUUCCUCUCUCCAUCCCCAAAGAGAUAGGCUUCCAGAAAUACGCUAGUGCUUUGAGUGUUGUGGGAACCUGGUAUGUCACCGUUGUUGUCAUCGUCAAGUACAUCUGGCCGGAUAAGGAAAUGACUCCAGGAUACAUCCCAACCAGCCCAUCCUCCUGGACUGCAGUGCUCAAUGCCAUCCCCACCAUAUGCUUUGGCUUCCAGUGUCAUGUCAGCAGUGUGCCUGUGUUUAACAGCAUGAGCAGGAGUGAGAUCAAGCCCUGGGGAGGUGUAGUGACUUUUGGCAUGAUCAUCUGCCUCUUUGUCUACACUGGCACAGGCGUGUGUGGCUUCCUGUCCUUUGGCUCGAAUGUCAGCCAAGAUGUUCUGAUGUCAUAUCCUCCGAAUGACAUUGCGGUGGCCAUCGCACGAGCCUUCAUCGUGGUCUGCGUCGUCACCUCCUAUCCCAUCCUGCACUUCUGUGGCAGGGCUGUGCUGGAGGGGCUCUGGCUGCGUUUCCAUGGCGAGCAGGUGGAGCUGUGCGUGCGUCGUGAGCAGAGGCGCAGGGUCCUGCAGACGCUGCUGUGGUUCACAAUCACCCUCAUCCUCGCCCUCUUCAUCCCCGACAUUGGCCGCGUCAUCGCCCUCAUUGGAGGGCUCGCUGCCUGCUUCAUCUUUGUCUUUCCAGGUCUCUGUCUGAUCCAGGCCAAACUGUCAGAGACGGAGAACAGAUCAGCGAGCUGGCAUGGGAUGGUGGUUUAUGGUGUUGUCAUGGUUACCAUCGGAGCGUUCAUCUUUGGCCAGACCACUGCCAAUGCCAUCUACCAAGACAUCAACAACCACAGCUAAUAGGGAGCCAGAGGAGUCUUGUCAAGAGGAGGAGGGGGAGGAGGAGGAGGGGGAGGAACAGGUCUUCACUGUCUUUUUGAACUUAGCAGGAUGUUGGGGAUCCAAUGCACACAUGAGCUCCGACCCUUCGUGAGGCUCCUUAUAAAGGCCUCUUCUGCAUGCAGCAUGGCCUGUCCUGUUCCUCAGCCAUGGAGCCCUCUGACUCGACAGGGCGCAAAGAGUGACCAAUCGAAUGGAAACACAUUGUGUCUUUUUUAGAUCCCAAUGCCAAUUUUUUAAUUAUGGUUUAGAUUCUGAUAUGUUUUUUAGCCUCGGUUUUGCAGUCUAGAUUUGACCACCAUCUGACUGAAUCAGGCCCAGCAUGCUCUACAUGGCGUCACACCCACUUCCUGUUUACCUGAGCUCAGGUGCGGAGGACCUCCCUGACACUAGUUCAGCUGGCCAGCAGUAGAUGACCUGGAGGCCUCUCUCACUGACACUAAUUUUAAGGGGUUCCGUUUUAAGUUUACUGCCAAAUAUAUUUCGUUUAUAGUACUUGAGUAAUUCCAGUGAUUUAACAGAGGCAGCCUGAGAUCGCAGCCAACAAUCACGUGUAAUAAUGUGGCAAGAUAAUCAGGACUGUAUAAUUUA